CUUCACUCGACACUUCACAAGAUGCCCUUUCCAUUCGUGCUCCCAACUACUUCAAGCAUUUCAUACACCCAUUUCUUUAGCAGCAGCACACAUCCUUCCCUGCCCAACUGUGCGACAACUGCGCGAAACGUGCUGCGUGACGUCUUGAAGCGACACAAGCGCAUCCCGCCUUCCUCUCAAGCUUCGAACCUCUCAACCGUACUGUCCGCUCUCAACGAUUAUAUACCAUACUUGUUUGCGCUGGAUGCUGGGCUGAGCGGUUCAAACUGUGCAGGCGAGGAGAUUGACCUUGUCUUGAUCAAAGAGCUGGAGGUAGAAUGGCGCUCUACUCUCAGUGCUUCGAUACCUGGUCGUGAGCCCACACGAACCAAGCUCAAAAGCCUUGAGAGUGAGCUAUGCUUUACUCUGACGACUCUGGCGUAUGUCUAUAAUCUCCAGGCUCGAGCACAGUUACACAUACUCUAUAAUGCGACACUUCCAUCGCCUGAACAGCGCGCGACAGCAAUCGGGGCUGCUAUGAAACACUUCCUCGAAGCAAACUCGGUACAUACAUACUUGGUCAAUCGUGCAGGACAGUGGAACGCACAACCUACAGCAGUGGACAUAUCGGUGUCUGUCAUGGGUGCAUUGGCCGAGCUCACGAUAGCUGAAGCUACGCUUAUCACAGUGUUGAAAGACGACCCAUACCCAACUAUAGUGAUUGAAGACAGGAACAAGUCAAACGUGGACUGGAUGUUCAGAAGUGUAGAGAUACCCAAAGUCCGAGCGCAUCUCUUCGCGCGCCUAUGCCUUGCUUCCUCCGAACAUGCAGCCAAAGCCCAAGCCAUGCUCGGUCGAUCCUCAAAGAUCAACGACGACCUACACAAAUACGUCGAUGAUAUGAGGCGAGCAGCGAAGGGUAAAGCAUGUCGGUUCUUAGCCUGUGAUGCCGAGUCCAGUGGGAAAACGGGAGAGGGUAUCGCAUGGCUUCGGGGCGCGAGGAAAGAGUUAGGGUUCAUAGCAGUCGGCGCUGAGGAAGAGAAGAAAUCGUCUGGCUUUUCCAAAUUAAAAAAGGAAUGGCAGGAGAAGAGGGAGGAUCGCAAGAUCGAGAAAGGUGAGGGUUGGGGGGCCGACGCGGGGAAGUUCGAGGAAGGACGGGUGGUGGACAUGCUGUUGAAGAAGUGGGAGAAGAUGAACGAUACAGUUGGCGUCCAGCUUAUUCCACCAUCAGAGCCCCUACUAGCAAGCAUGCCUUCAGGCAGAGAGUAUCAUUCGCCGAAAAUGUUCAUUGUACCAGCGCUCGACGAAGACUCGCUCGUUCGUAUGAGGGCGCCUCCGGACCCCAGUGAGGCAUUUCAAGGGGAAGAAGAUGACAGUGGUGCCGAAGAUGAGAGGAACGCUCCUGUUGGUGCGUUCCCUGGUACUAAGAGUGACUAUGCUGCAAAUACGACCUACUAUUGAGAUACCCCUUCAAUGCACUCUUCAAUUGCAUCUUGUGGAAGCUCUUACGAUUUCUACACGUGUAUGGGAAACUUUCGAGACACCUCCUAAUUCAUGGACGGCUUGGCACACAGUCACCAGUCUGUGUCCGUUGCCCGUUUGUGGUUCCCGAGCAUGCAACCCCACGGGUAGAGGCAUGGUAUCCAGAUAGCGCUUGCCCGUUAAGGCAGGUUCAGCCGUCGCGGAGGGAUUUGUCUGGGGUUAAAGCUUAGCGUCGAGUAUGGAGACAUUUCGAUUUCAAGAUGCUAGAAACGAUUUAUGCUGAAAGUCGCGAAUGCUUUGCUUUGCUUGAGCGAGAAGACUACACACUUGCCAUUGCUCCAUAGGGUAC